UCCCACGUUGCCUGCAUCAUCUGCACGCGACCGCAAUGCGCGUUGUCGUCAGUGUCUUUUGAUGACGUGGCGUGUGGCUAACAUAGGCACCGGUAGUCGCAGAGAUGGUUGUCCCGUCGGAGCUCCGCCGCGGGUCCGCAGUGCGGUCCUGGUGGUGGCUCUCGGCCUUAUUGUUGUCCACGUCCUCGCUGCCGGUGGCCAAGGCACUGGUAGAAGGUCUAUAUUGCGGGAUGAAGGUCUGUUAUGACGUGCUCGGGGUCACCCGGGAGGCCUCCAAAGCAGAGAUCGCUCGGGCGUACCGGCAGCUGGCCCGCCGCUAUCACCCGGACCGGUUCAGACCUGGAGAGCCAGGGUCGGAGGGGGAAACCGUGGAAUCUGCCCAGCAAAGGUUCCUGCUUGUUGCUACAGCCUACGAAACUCUAAAGGAUGAGGACACUCGGAGGGACUACGAUUACAUGCUGGACCACCCUGAGGAGUACUACCACCACUACUACACUUACUACCGCCGACAGCUCACCCCGAAAGUGGACGUCAGGAUUGUAAUCCUCGUCACCAUAUGUGCCAUUUCUGUCUUCCAGUAUUACAGUUGGCGGAGCAGCUACAAUGAGGCCAUUAACUGCCUGGUGAACAUCCCCAAAUACCGCAUCCAGGCCACCCUCAUUGCCAAGGAGCAGGGACUCCUGAACCGCACAAGGGAGAAGGGCAAGAACCGGCGCUCCAAAGAGGAGAUCCGGGAGCAGGAGGAGGAGGUGAUCCGAGACAUCAUCAAAACUAAGAUCGACAUCAAAGGUGGCUGCCAGAAACCCAACCUGUCAGACAUCCUGCUGUGUCAGAUAGUGUUGUUCCCCUGCUACCUGGUAAACUAUGUAGUGUGGUACGUCUCCUGGGUUUACCACUUCACCAUCUGCAGGGAGGAGUAUGGGGACCAGGAGAAGCUUUACAUAAUCAGGAGGUACAUGAAGAUCUCCCAGUCACAAUUUGACAGUUUGGAUGAAGUCACUAGGCAGUCCUUCCUGGAAAAACAGCUCUGGAUCAAGGAAAACUUUGAGCUGUACAGAGCAGAGCAGGAAGAGGAGAUGAAGGUGAAAAUGGCAACCGACCCAAAGAUGAAGAGGUACAGGCGCUGGAGGAAGAACGAAGGGCCAGGCCGGCUGACCUUCAUCGACGACUGACAUCCGCAUGAUGUGAUGUGCGCACGGGCCGCAGUGCCAACAUGCAUGGAUUACAUGCGAGUGACGUGUAGACAUGGAUGCAGAUGAACUGCUGAUAUGAACGAGGACAACAAAGCGGAAUAAAGUGCAAGCUAUGAAGGAAAUUUUUACAUUUUCCUUCACUCCACUUAAUUUAACUUAAUCUUUUAAGAAUUGUUACAUUUGUGGCAUUGUUGUUUUCAUCCAACACAGACAGCGUUGGGCUGAAAUCAAUGUAGAAAUUUCGCAAAAGUGACAUUUACAGGAAGUUAAAGUGGGACACAGCUGGCAUUGAACCGCAGUCUUCUUCCCCACAAGUCCUGCAUUCUUUCAUGCCAGCUGAAUAACCAAGUAGUUAAAGAAUCGCAUUUAAAAUGAACAAUGUUGCAAGUUUGUGUUUGAGCAUUGUAUCCGUUUAUAACUGCCUCAGAUAUUGUUUACAUGGUAAGCCAAAGUCAUCUCUGCACAUUUCUCAUCACAGUUUUUGCUGUCCCCUCAGAAGUGCAAAUGGUUACUUAAAACGAUUUCUUUUUAAACUUUGAGGGAUAAUGCGGGAUAAGGUCACUGUACUCAUAUAAGCUUUUCAAUGAAUUUUCAGUAUUUGUAAAGUGACAUCACUUUUAUUCAAAUGAUUCUGCUUUCUAAAAACAAUUUUUCUAUCUGUAUUUUGCAUUUUUCAAAUAAAU